GGAGAACGGAAGUCAGGUUUGGGCUGCGGUGGCCUUGGCGGUGGCGGAGGCGGAGGCAGCAGACGGUGUAAACCGAGAGCUGAGAGUUACAAAUUUACAAGUCUUCUAAUAGAAAAGGUGAUUGUGCAGCCUGGAAGAUGAUAUAAUGGUUAGAGUGCUAGACUUGCAAGUAUGAGGUCCUGAGCUUGAUCACUGGUACCAGAUGUGCCAGCGUGAUGCUCUACUUUUCUCACAUUGGUUUUUGAUCUUCCACAAUGGGUGAGCCACAGCAAGUGAGUGCUCUUCCUCCACCUCCAAUGCAGUACAUCAAGGAGUAUACAGAUGAGAAUAUUCAGGAAGGCCUCGCUCCCAAACCUCCACCUCCAAUAAAAGAUAAUUAUAUGAUGUUUGGCAACCAGUUCCAAUGCGAUGACCUCAUCAUUCGGCCUUUAGAAAGUCAGGGCAUUGAAAGGCUUCACCCUAUGCAAUUUGAUCACAAGAAGGAAUUGAGAAAACUCAAUAUGUCUAUCCUUAUCAAUUUCUUGGACCUCUUAGAUAUCUUGAUAAGGAGUCCUGGGAGUAUAAAGCGCGAAGAGAAGUUAGAGGAUCUGAAGCUGCUUUUUGUACAUGUGCAUCAUCUCAUAAAUGAAUAUCGGCCCCACCAAGCAAGAGAGACCUUGAGAGUCAUGAUGGAGGUACAGAAACGGCAACGCCUGGAAACAGCUGAGAGGUUUCAGAAGCACCUAGAACGAGUCAUUGAAAUGAUUCAGAAUUGUUUGGCAUCUUUGCCUGAUGACUUGUCCCAUUCUGAAUCAGGGGUGAGAGUGAAAACUGAGCCAAUGGACACUGAUGAGAGCAACAGUUUUACUGGACAGAAUGAACAACAGAGAGAAAAUGCAAGCCAGAGAAGAGACCAAAUUAUAGAGAAAGAUGCUGCCUUGUGUGUCCUGAUUGACGAAAUGAAUGAAAGACCGUGAAGGAUAUUUUUCCUUCAGUCUUUUUCCUCUCAGUAAAUAGCAUCAUAUACUAGUUAAUUUGCACUUGAACAGUUUUAAAAGAGAUGUAGCUUUAAGUGACUCAGUUCUUGAACUUUAUGGGUUGUGAGAUGCUAUAUAGAUAGCAAUGUUACAUUAUGGCAAGUGUAGGCAAAUUGAAUAUGCCUACAUUAAGAGUGAACCUUUAAAAAGCAAAGUAUGUGCUGCUGUUGUGUGGAAUGUUUCUGUUUUUGAAGUUGCAAAUAAACAUUGACAAUAUUCUUAGUAAUAACAAACUUUCAUCUUUUGAAAAGUAGAUUUGUCAUUUGCUUAAAGAAUGAUAAAUAAAGAGUAUUGAGUUAUAA